AUUCCCUUGCCCUGAGCGCGAGUCCUGAGCCCUAACCCCACGCCUCCCAGGCUCCCACCCCCAAUCGAAACUCUCAAGUCUCAGCCUCUCCCAAUCACGCUCUGCCGCUCUCUUCUCAGAAUCGCGCUCUGCCGCUCUCCUCUCAGAAUCGCGCUCUCCUUGGUCGCGCUCUCCUCUCUACAGUGGCGCUCUCCUCUCUCGGCGGCGAACCCACGUUCCUCCCAGUCUGCCGCCACGUUCUUCGCGGACAGAGCACCACGAAGCUCCAGCCACAGCCUGAACGACCCUCACACACAGCAGUAGCAGCCUAGCAGAGCGCGACCCUCAUCCCUUGCACCCAGCGCCAGCAGUAGCAGAGCGCGACCCUCAUCCCUCGCACCCAGCGCCACCAGUCACCGAUUCAAGUCUCCCAUCCACUGAUUCAACACAGCACCCAGCCACCCACCAGUCACCGAUUCAACAUAGCACCCACGUUCCUCCCAGUCUCACGCCCAGCCACCGAUUCAAGUUAGGCAUGGAGCCUGAGCCACCGAGUCAGGUAUUGUUGCUGGAUAAAUUAUUGUUGCUUGUUAAAUUAUUUUUGCUAGAAAAACCAGUAGCCAUUUGGUCCUUCAACACAAUGUUAUAUUCAUCAAAUGAAGAGCUUCGAAACUCAUCAUCUGACUUUUGGUGUGCAGUUCUCUCUUCUAGGAAAGAGGUUGAUCAAUUGCCUGUCGAAAUUGGUUGGUUUCCUGAGUACUCAGAUUUGAGAACAGCUCUUGACACUUAUGGGUUUCUUUUUGAAUUUUCAUCCAGUGGUGAACCCAAAAAUAUAGUUUGACGCCAGUUCAAGUGAGAAUAUGGGUGAAUCCGGAUUACCGCCAGUUUCUCUUCCGAAUGAAUCCACAAGCAUCAGAUCUCCGAGUGCAUUCUUCAGUGAUGGUUCUGUGCUUAAUGAUUUAAACUUCAGCUGCUUGUUUAUUGCUGGUUCUGUGCUUGAUUUAAACUUCAGUUGAGUUUAUUGCUUUUUGUUGAGGACUUGUUGGAAUCAGUUUAUUGAUGCUGGAAUAUUGUUCAGUCUAUUUUAUUUUUUCAAUCUAUUUUAUUGUUCAGUUUAUUGAAAUCAGUUUAUUGUUCA